UGUUCUCCUAGCUGUGUACCAUUUGGCGAGCACUGCAGUGAAAAAGAAGGCGAAGAAGAAGUCACUGGGAAGGAAGCUCCAGCAGGGAGUUAAAAUCUAGGACGAAGACUCUAGUUGUUGACGAGAAGAUAUGGCGGCCAUACGGAAGAAGCUGGUGAUUGUUGGCGAUGGUGCUUGUGGGAAAACGUGCCUCCUCAUCGUUUUCAGUAAAGACCAGUUUCCUGAAGUCUACGUGCCGACAGUGUUUGAGAACUAUAUUGCUGAUAUUGAAGUGGAUUGCAAACAGGUGGAGUUGGCCUUAUGGGAUACCGCAGGUCAAGAGGACUACGACAGGUUGAGGCCUCUCUCCUACCCAGACACUGACGUCAUCCUGAUGUGUUUUUCCAUUGAUAGCCCGGACAGUUUAGAAAACAUUCCCGAGAAGUGGACGCCUGAGGUGAAGCACUUCUGUCCCAAUGUUCCCAUCAUCCUGGUAGGGAACAAGAAGGACCUGAGGAACGACGAGCACACACGGAGAGAGCUGGCCAAGAUGAAGCAGGAGCCAGUCAAGACUGACGAAGGCCGCGAGAUGGCCAACAGAAUCAACGCCUUUGGCUAUCUGGAGUGUUCUGCCAAGACCAAGGAUGGCGUGCGGGAGGUGUUCGAGAUGGCCACCAGGGCGGCGUUACAAGUCCGCAAGCGCAAUAAGAGAAGCGGCUGCACGCUGUUGUGAGCUCUCCGUCAAGACGCCAUUGUGAAAAUCAAGAAACGAGGAGUGAGAGAGAAAAAACACAAAAAGGACUUACCUUUCCCCCCAAUGGCAUCUUUGUACUGUAUCCUGCAUUUCAUAGUAGGAGUCAGGCAGGUGAAUUAUACGCAAAACAUACAGGAAAUGAACUUUGUCUAUAUUAGAAAUUGUUGUUUGGAAAAAAAAAAUCUUUGUUGAUUUCCUUUACUUUGUGUUUCAAGCAAAAAGCAUGGUUUCUUCGAUCUUUUGUAACCCGCAGUGAUUUGAAGCGCAUGUUAGGAUGCCAUAUUGUUGAGCGAGGGCAGGUAGUUCUUCGCUAAUAUCCCGUCCCGUCCAAACCGUUUGCCCCGCUAAAUUGACGCCUGUGUUAACAGCUAGUGCCUUUUUGUACGUUUUCUACAUCCCUGGUUACUUCUCAUUGUGUUGUCAUUGCAAAUUACGCCAAGGCUUUCUUGUUGAGAGCGACAAAUGGCUGCUGUUCUUGCUCUUGACUCGGGCGCGUCACGGGUCAAUUGCCUCCGUGCUUCUGUAAUGUGACAAACGCACAACACAGAAGUGCUUGCCACGCCUCUCACUCUGUGAUUACCAGCUUGCGUCUACAAUUGGCAUGGUGGAAAGCGGUCAAAACAACAUGAGCAAGUUUGUACGAGUGACAGAUUCUGCAAACCUUCCCCGAAAGAAGGGGCAGGCUUGAUGGAUUCUGCUCACUGGCGUCCCCACCCGCCGCUGGAAUCUGCGCUCGACUGGUUAGCCUGGAACUCGUGUCUGGUUAGCCUCGUUUGCUCGCGUGGGUUUCCAGCAGGUCGUCAUUCUUUGUGUAUUUUAUGGGAGUUGAGUGAGUGACAGUGAGGAGUUUGCUUUCCCCUCCUGGUGCCUUCUCUGUUCUGGUGCGCCAUUGGCAUUCUCUACCAGACCUGGUAGACCAGUUGAGCUUGCAUUUUUCCGUUCUUGCGGCUCGAAUGCAAACAUUUCAUCUGUAGCUUACACUAUUCAGUUAGGGAUACUGCUAUUCAGCUAUUUCAGGAUGGAUAUAAAAUGUACUACACACAGUUUUCGUUCAAGAGAUAGGUAUUUCAAUAUUUCUUUAGUCCUGUUGGAGGUUGCGAUAUGGGUAAGAUCAGCUGCUAUAAAUUUUCCAAGUCUUGUUAGCUGUGCAAAGAUGAGUACUAAAAAGUUGGCGAGUGUAGAGAAUUUUUGGAUGUGGCAGCAUAGACAUAAUAUGGAGACAAAGCGGCCAUAAACACCGACCAUCCUACACAAUUAAAAUAGUUCUCACCGCCUGUGUGCAAAAACAAGUGGAAAUGAAGCAGAGACCGUUUCACUCAACGACUUGGUGACAGCUUAUCUUUAUCUAGCUGAAACAAGAGUUAUGCAAAAAGUACUGAAACACUUAAGAGUUGGACAUGGACAUUCAACAUUUUAGAGAAGGUCAAAUCAACCUCAACGGAAAGAUGAUCAAUGUUUCACUCUUUAGUGGUUGUCAAGUUGUGCUCUGCUUGUAAAAUGACAAAAUGACAUCUUCAUCGGGCAGCGGAAGCUCCAAAACGGUCAUAAAACGCUUCCUUAACUGCACUGGCAAUGUGUCAUGUUUUAACAAUUAUGAGCUGACUCACCCCUGUCAUACGUUAAACUGUUAGUCUCUCUGUAGCAAGCACCACUUGGUCACACGAAAUGCAGGAGAUCCAAAUCAUAUCCUCCCAUUCUCAAGCUGAGAGUCCUGAAUGGUAAGCAGGAAGUCAAAACCUGCCCCCCCCCCCCACCCAAAAAAAAGUAACCUGAAACAUUGUCCACAUGACAACUAGUAAUGAGAGUAAAUGUCACUCGUGUCAUUCUUUCA